AUGAGCUUAAAUUCACCAACCUCCCUGCAACAUACCUCUUCUGUUGCAGCUAUCAACGAGAUCAUAGAGGAAUUUAUUACCUGUACUUGGGAAACUCUUCCUAAUGAUGUGAGAGAGGUGCUAGGAGGAAAUAAACAAAUGUUUGAAAAAAUCUUGAAAGAUUAUGCUAUGGAAAGACAAAUACCAUAUGAACAAGCUCCUGUACAAUUAUUGUUGAUGAGUAAGAGAGAUUAUUAUUUGGAGAUGGUAGAAUAUUUGAGAAAUAAUUUGAGAUUAUUUCCAUACCAAUUUUCUGAUGUUGUCAUCAACGAGUUGGGUAUUUUACCAUUUAGUUUUUAUAUUGAAAUGGUAUUUACAAUUAUGAAGAAUGAAAAAUCGUACGAUAUUCUUCCUAAUUUUACAGCUGCAGAUGUAAAUAGAUUAUUGGGAAUUGGAAGAAAUCAAUAUAUUGAUAUUAUGAACAAAGUUAGAAGUAAAAAAUGGACUUGGAGAUUCAAUAAGAAUAUUAUAAGAGAACAAUUACCUUUACAACCAAUUGAUACAAAAAUAGACUAUUGGUGGAUUGUUGAUUGUUUUCCAAUGCCUCAACAAGAAUUUCUAAAAAUUUAUAAUACACUCACCACUGAUGAGGCUAUUGCAGUAGCUAUGGUAAAAAAUGAAGGUAAAAUUCUAGCUUGUAGAAUUUCCUAUCCAGAGCUAAUAUCAAUUUACAAGAAAGGUCUAGUACAUUUUCAUGUACCUAUCAAUAGCGAUGAUUAUAUAGUAAUACCACCUUUGAAGGGAUUUAUUAUGAAUAGAACGCCAAAUGAUCAUUUUGAAAAGUUACUUUAUGAUAUCCUUGUUACAUUGGAUGAAAGAACUACAGUUGGACAGUUAGCUAAUAUUUUACAAGUAGAUGAAAAUAUCAUUAAAUCUGCAGUCUCUGUGUGCUGUAGAUUAGGGUUUGCUAAAAAAAGAGUGGCUAAACCAAAGAAUCUAUCUGAAACAAGUGAAGAUCAAUAUAAAAAUAUUUGGCAACCCUUCAUAGAUGAAUACCACGAAGAGCUAGUCAAGGAUGAAUCCAAUGCCACAAGUGAAAAAUUAUCAACAGAAAAUAAUGCUAUUAUUAAUUUUACAUCAAGUUUUGAGAAUGGUGGUGAAAAAAAAAAGAGAAUUGGAUUCUUAUUCGACUCAUCCCUCACAGCAUAUUUAAUGAUGGGUAAUUUAGCAGAAGGAUUAAAAAAUCAUGCUGUAACACUCUUUGAAGUUGGAAAAAUGCAAGAUGAAUUAUUAGAUGAAUUUUUGAGGGAAUUGGAUAAAGUAGUUUGUCCAACUGAUAAUGAAGGAGAAGCACUUAAAUACUAUACUCAUGCAAUUGCCUUAAGAAACACUUUGAGAUUUUUGAGACACAAUCAAAACUUUGCCAUGUCAGGAUCUGAUGGAGGUGUGGAUAUGUUAAGAUGUGAGAGUUUGAAUAAUUUAGACCAAGGUACAAAAAUGCGUAUUAUUGAAAUGAAUUAUUCUAUUCUGAUAGCCACAGCUCCAAUCGCUUCAAGGGCAAUUAGUUUACCAAAUUGUAUUCCUAACUUUUAUGGACCUCCAAUUCCUCAUGUUUCUUCUCCAUGGUUCAAAAUUUAUGUAUAUACUUGUUGUGAAAUGGGACCUCCAUCAGUACUUUUUGUAAAAGGACAACGUAUCAAAAAAUUACCAAAUAUGAUUGAAAAUAACGAAAAAAUAAUGAUUUCUGGAUGGGAACAAGAACCUUAUGCUGUACAU